AAGUCAUGUGACUUAACAUAGCGCUCAUCACAAAGUCAUUUGUACACUGAGAGAAACUGAUGGUCGUGUUUGAUUUUAAAAUCUUCGUUUUUUUGCGAUCUAAGGACUUAAAUACUACAUUACAUCCAGUUAUUGGUAAAUACGAUGUCUUCGACGAAUGCAGGGAUGCGAUCGACUUCAGCUGGCUAUCGUUUUCCAGAAUCUCAGUGGCGAAGCUCCCCCACUAGUUUUUACCAUGAAAAAUGUACACCAAAGACAGUGAAAGAAAGAGUAAAAUCAGCUCCGCCGAGGACAUAUUCCCAAAGAGAAUACGCUAAAUGUGAUGUGGUUAGAGAAGAUGAAAUAUGGAAGAAUCAAUGUAGGAAUGAAAAGACAAUGGUUCUGAAAUGGGAAGAAAACUGGGGCUUUUUAGCUGAUUAUGACCAGAAGGGAAAUCUAAAGGUCAAGAAGGAACUUCCUAGUCAAGUAACAGUGUUCUCACAAAGCUCCCCAAAUACAACCAAUCAGCACAUUGGGCAUAGAAUAAAGAGUGCACCUGCUGAUGCCAUGCAAAGGCUUGAAAGGCUUACAAACUACAGACUUAAGCGAAACAAAGAACUUUUUACGAGUGACUGAUUCUCUGGUCAAGAGAAACUUUAAAAUGUAAUGGUUUCAAUGGUUGAUGAAUUUUUUAGGGAUCUACUAUAUGUAUUUUUCAGCCAUCGUGAUCUUGGAUAAUUGAGUGAUGAGGCAUGGAAGAGACUGCAGAGAAUUGCAAUUCCCUUCCCCAUGCACCUAUGCAUGGUGGCACUGUUUGACUACAACUACCAAAAUGCUUCGCAAUGACAAUUGAUGCUAAUUAAAUAGCUGAACAAAAGAAUGUGUGCAAGGGAUUCUGGUAGUUGUAGUUUUGGCACAGUCAAAUGAAUAACAACAGCUAGGAUUAAUGUUCAGUUUUCAGUUGUGUUGUUAAGUGUCUUGGUUCCUGGUAGUAUUGUGGUGUAUGGGGACAUACGUUUCUGAACACAUGAGUGUGAUUUUUCAAGGAUUUUGGUUCUCCACACAAGAACUGAAACGAGCACCAUUGGCACCAAAUAAUAUUACAAUGUCUAUCCCAACCCUAACCCUAACCUAGCCACUCAGCCAUGAAGUGAACUCACUUGGCUGCUCUCAAUCUCUUUCAUAUUUCAAAUGAUGCUUCAUUAAUGUAUGCAUAUCAGCAUUUAGAUUUGAAUAGUAUCCCCCUAACAAUUCCAAUCCACAAUUUACAAUAUUACCUGGUUCCUCUGCCCACUGACAGGUGACACUUGGGGGUUAAGACCUGGGAUAACUACAAGCCUCACAGCAUCAAUGAAUAAUAAGACUAGAAUAACACCUAGAAUCACAGAGAAUGUACAUAUGUAUAUAUAUAUAUGAAGAGAGAGAACAUAUUUUGUAACAAUUUGAGAGUAUCUAAUGUAAAUUCUUAAGAUGGUAUGAACAUCUAAAUGCUAAAUAUUAUAAAGUGUGCCAAAUA